CACCAUGCCUCCCUCCGUCCUCCCUCAAUUACUUCAUGUACGAAUACGACCACAACAUGUAGCGUAUGUUAGGAGAAUACCACAGGGGGUCGCUUCCUUCUCUCGAGGAUUUUCAGCCUCUCUCCGCUCUCUAGCGGAGGAGGAAGACGACUCCACUGACCUCUCCGAAUCCCCACAAGAUCCAGAAGCCGAGGCCGCCCAACUUGCAGAAUCCGAAUCCGCAGACUCCGAUGCGCCCGCUCAAACACGCGCUUCAUCUGCGAAGGAGACUUAUAAGCAAUGGUUGCGCGGAACAGGGGAGCGUUGGAGGCUCCCUCCGGAGCAAGGCACAAACUAUUUGGGGAUAGCGUUGACGACCGACGCACCGAACUACGGAUGCAUCUUCCCCUCCAAUCCUAGCUUCCGUCCUCCCAUGCCGCUAUCAAAUGAAGACCGCAACACAAUAUAUUGGGCGUACAAGGAGUCUCCCGAUCCCCAAACAGUACGCACCCUAAGCCAAAAAUAUGCGAUCAGCAUCGAUCGCGUCAAUGCAGUCAUCAAAUUGAAACAGCAUCAAGAAAUUGUCCCGCAGAAUCAGCUCCAACACGCGCUCAGAGAAGGUAUGGAGCGCUUCAUGGGUAUUCACUCGCGUCUCGUUCCAGAGGACAAGCUUUCCUUCCAAGCGCAUAAUGAAGGACCGAGGCGCAAGGAGCUGUAUACUGUGGACGAGGAGGAGAAAAGGGCAAGAGACCGCAUGGUCCCCGAGCAAGGAGCACGCAGGAUCAUCUGGGAGAUGGUAGCUGAAGGUGAUCGACCGAUCAUCGCCCGAGAACUGGAAGAACAAGCCGAACGGCAACAACAACAGCUCGCCAAGUCCAGGCGAAAGCAGGAAGACCUCCCCACGGUUCACGUCCCUCCUGCCAAACCGGGUCGGCCGAGCUGGGCGUUCGUUGACGUUGGGGAUAAGUUCAAGGACAGCAGGAGUAGGGAGGUUCAGGGCAGGGCGCUGAAGUGGAGAGGCGUCGUUAAUCGGCAACGCAGAGCCACGGGCAUGAGGAUGAUAUGAUAUUUGUGUAUGUGUGCAUCGGGAAGUCCCAUGGGAGCCAUGGGAGUAGCAAUAGUGACACAAUCGGAAUCUAAAC